CUCCCAGGAGUUUGUGGAAGGGGCUGCCCGGAAGGCGGAAGUGCGGAGGCUUCCGGUCAGCGUGGUUCUGAGUGCGGCGUCUGAGUUUCCCGCACACUGCAUUGGGGCAACCAACGGUGAACAAGGUGUAUUUAGUUAGUCGCUGCCUUCGUGGAGCCCACAGUCCACCGGGGAUGACAGAAAAUAAACUUUUCAGGUAAAAUAUGGCUAAAAGCUUACGGAGUAAGUGGAAAAGGAAGAUGCGUGCAGAAAAGAGAAAAAAGAAUGCCCCGAAGGAACUCAGCAGACUUAAAAGUAUUCUUAAAGUAGAUAGUGAUGUUUUAAUGAAAGAUGUUCAAGAGAUAGCAACCGUGGUGGUACCCAGACAUUGUCAAGAGAAAACUCAAUGUGUGGUACAAGAUGAAAAAGAUGACAUGAAAAUGGAGACUGAAAUUAAAAGAAACAAGAAGAGUCUUCUAGACCAGCAUGGACAGUACCCCGUAUGGAUGAACCAGAGACAGAGGAAAAGGCUGAAGGCAAAGCGAGAAAAAGGGAAGGGGAAAAGCAAAGUAAAGGCAGCAAAGGGUUUAGCCUGGUAGACUCUUAAAAACUUGAAAACUCCUACAUGGGACAGGCCUUUGGUUAGAAUGUGUGCAUGGAUUUCAACUUCCACCAAAUGAAAACUUGGUUUCCAGGUUUCACUUGGCCUUGUUCUUCAAUUCAAACCCAACUUAACUCCUCAACUUUGUUUUGGGAGCUUGAAUAAAAUCUUUGAUGAAUGAAAGCUACACCGAUACUUUAAUUGGAUGCUUCCCAGUGUGCAGGGAUUCUCAGACAUUGCAAUUCUAUCAAGAGUUACUGUGGUUGUAACUGUUGGGUCUUAGUAAAGAUAAAAAAAAAAAAAAGAUCUACUGACAAAUUUGAGGUGAUUCGGGUUAAAAGAAAACUUUUAUAUAAUUUAAAAUAGAAUGUCAGUGGAUCUUAUAAGCACUACUUGUUUGGAGUUUUGAUUUUAAUUUAGAAUAAAAGAUAUUUUGUCAAGAUCUUGAA